UUCGCUUCGUUUCAAGGGUUACCAUUACUGUCUGCGAGCAAUGCGAUUCUCAACGCUGGAUCUAUUGAUUUGUUCUACUUGUGGUGUUCAGUACGACGUUAGUGCAGGACUGACUUCAUGCAAGAUCUGUGACGAUCCACGUCAAUAUGUACCUCCAACCGGCCAAUCAUGGACAUCCCUCAGAAGCUUGCACUCAUCGAAGGAGGGAUAUCGUAAUGUCUUCUCCACCGACCCAGAUAAUCCCAACUUAAUCACCAUACACACGGUCCCGAAGCUGGCUAUCGGUCAAAGGGCCUUCCUUAUUCUCGGGGGUCCUACCUCUGGGAACGUUCUGUGGGACUGUAUUACUUAUCUCGACGAGGAAACUGUUCGGCACGUGAACUCACUGGGCGGGAUCCAGGCCAUUGUUAUUUCGCAUCCGCACUACUUCUCCACCAGUAUUCAAUGGGCGGAGGUCUUCAAUUGUGAUCUAUUCAUAUCAGCGGAGGACGAGCAGUGGCUUGGAAACAGGGCUGACGGCCGCAGACUGAAACUUUGGACCGGAGAGAACCUUCCUCUCCUGUGUUCUCACGUCCCAGGUGAAACUCAAGGCGAGUCAGACCUAAUCGUUCUUAAGACAGGAGGGCAUUUUCCCGGAAGCUCUGUUCUAUGGUGGAAGUCAGCCAGGAAGCUGUUCAUUGCCGAUACAAUUUUGAUUGUUCCGAGCGGACUUUACCAUAUUGAUCGCCUCCCCGGUACCGCGUCUUUUACAUUCAUGUGGUCCUAUCCAAACUACAUUCCCCUUCCUCCAGAUGAUAUACAUGGUAUUUGGAAAGCCAUCAAAGAUAUCGACUUUGAGGAUACCCAUGGUGCCUUCUUAGGACAGGAUAUUAGAGGCAACAGCAAAGGAAGGGUGUUGGUAAGCGCCAAGAUUGUAGUCAGAGCAUCUGGUCAUCUGCAACAUCCAUUGCUGGAAGAAGUCUAGCCGGGCGUUGACUUUUCUUUUUUUUCCUUUUUGUUUCUGUUUAUCAUCAGUUGGCUAUAUCGACGCAUAUUUGGGUUUAAGGACUAGGUCGUAAUUAAUUCCCCGGCGAGACGGCUACUCCAAGCGAGCCGGCCCCAGAAUAAACCCCUCAGAGAAAGCUUUAUAUGACCACAGCACCAAUUUAAUAUUUUCAGCACUUUUUGAGUCUGGCUGAUCAAUUAUUGUCUUAACC